GCGCGCCGGGGGAUCUCCUAGGGAGAGCAGAGGCAGAGGCGGGCUGCUAGAGGCGACAGGGACACCAGUCAGUUCGAGCAGAGAUCCGGAGCUGCUCUGCCGGGGAGGCGGGUGACAGUCUCCGCCUUCUCUCCCGAUUCGCUGGAGCUGCGGCAGGGACUGGCGCUGACCGAACGCCUUGCGGUUGGUCUCCGAUGCCCUUCGGCGAGGAGGGGGCGUCUGGACCCUGGUGAGCGCACCCGGAGCCCCCCUGACUCGGUGUCUUCACCCGCCCCUCGGGCCCGCACACCCGUGUGUCUGCCAUGGCUGAGAACGCAGAGGGUGACCUGAACUCCAACCUGCUCCACGCUUCCUACCUCACCGGGGACCCCCAGCUGGACACGGCCAUCGGGCAGUGGCUGCGGUGGGACAAGAAUCCCAAAACGAAAGAGCAGAUUGAAAAUCUCUUGCGGAAUGGCAUGAACAAGGAACUGCGUGACCGUCUUUGUUGCCGAAUGACUUUUGGGACAGCAGGACUUCGAUCUGCCAUGGGGGCAGGGUUUUGCUACAUUAAUGACCUUACAGUAAUACAGUCAACACAGGGGAUGUACAAAUAUCUGGAGAGGUGUUUUUCAGACUUCAAGCAGCGAGGCUUUGUUGUUGGGUACGACACUCGGGGUCAAGUAACCAGCAGCUGCAGCAGCCAGAGGCUUGCUAAACUCACUGCUGCAGUGUUGCUUGCUAAAGAUGUUCCUGUUUACCUUUUCUCGAGAUACGUUCCUACACCUUUCGUACCAUAUGCAGUGCAGGAGCUCAAAGCAGUUGCAGGUGUGAUGAUUACCGCAUCUCACAACCGCAAAGAGGACAAUGGAUACAAGGUGUAUUGGGAAACUGGUGCUCAAAUCACAUCUCCUCAUGAUAAAGAAAUUCUGAAAUGUAUAGAAGAGUGUGUGGAACCAUGGAAUGGUUCCUGGAAUGAUAAUUUAGUGGACACCAGCCCUCUGAAGAAAGAUCCUCUCCAGGACAUCUGCAAGAGAUACAUGGAAGACCUGAAAAAGAUCUGUUUUCACAGGGACUUAAAUUCAAAGACCACCUUGAAGUUUGUGCAUACCUCCUUUCACGGAGUUGGGCAUGACUAUGUGCAGUUGGCUUUUCAAGUAUUUGGUUUUAAGCCUCCAAUUCCGGUCCCAGAACAGAAAGAUCCAGAUCCAGAGUUCUCUACUGUUAAAUGCCCAAACCCUGAAGAAGGAGAAUCUGUGCUGGAACUCUCCCUAAGACUGGCAGAGAAAGAAAAUGCCCGGAUAGUGCUAGCCACAGAUCCUGAUGCAGACCGGCUGGCAGUAGCGGAACUUCAGGAGAAUGGUCACUGGAAAGUUUUCACAGGAAAUGAGUUGGCAGCUUUGUUUGGGUGGUGGAUGUUUGAUUGCUGGAAGAAGAGCAAAUCGGACGCUGAUGUGAAGAAUGUUUACAUGCUGGCCACCACCGUCUCUUCUAAAAUUCUAAAGGCGAUUGCACUGAAAGAAGGAUUCCACUUUGAGGAAACAUUACCAGGCUUUAAGUGGAUUGGAAGUAGGAUAAAAGACCUCCUAGGCCAUGGGAAAGAAGUCCUUUUUGCGUUUGAAGAGUCUAUUGGCUUUCUGUGUGGAACCUCCGUGUUGGAUAAAGAUGGCGUGAGCGCAGCUGUGGUUGUUGCCGAGAUGGCCUCUUUCCUGGAAACCAGGAAGGUGACCCUGACAGAGCAGCUGGCCAAAGUUUAUGAAAAAUACGGUUAUCACAUGUCCAAAACUUCAUAUUUCUUGUGUCAUGACCCACCUACCAUCAAAACUAUAUUUGAAAGGAUUCGCAAUUUUGAGUGUCCAGGGGAGUACCCAAAGUUCUGUGGGGCCUUUGCUAUCUUGCACGUACGAGACAUAACCACUGGAUAUGACAGCAGCCAGCCCAGUAAGAAGUCCGUACUGCCCGUGAGUAAAAACAGCCAAAUGAUUACGUUUACUUUUCAAAAUGGCUGUGUUGCCACUCUUCGAACAAGUGGGACAGAACCAAAGAUAAAGUAUUAUGCGGAGAUGUGUGCAUCACCUGGCCAGAGUGACACUGUCUUACUGGAAGAAGAAUUAAAGAAGCUCAUUGGCGCUCUGAUAGAGAAUUUUCUUGAGCCCAGUAAGAACGGCCUGAUCUGGCGUUCUGUAUAGGGCACUGCAGAACAUGACCACUUUGCACUGACAUGGAACGAAGAACUCUAGACAGUGAACCUUGUGUUGGAAUUCUCUCAUCUGCCAAGUUAUCUUUCCCCUUCUCUUUCCUUUGUUCAGCUAAAUAGAUUAUAUACAUUUGAAAUGAAAAUGUUUUCAUAAUCUUAAAUGACAGUUAUUACGUUGAAAGUGUUCAGUGGCCCGCCAUUCCUCCUGUGUCACAAACAGUACAAAAGUGAGUUUGCUUAUUAAACUGUGGUUAAGCUUAGUUACAUGAUGUAAUUGUGUAUAGCAUGGUUUAAAAGAAACAUUAUAUAAUAUAGGGUUAGUUAAGGAAAUUAUUUCUUAAAGGUGUGUAUGUUGCCUGGGGUGUUCCACACCCAUUGUGGAAAAGUAUCAUUGUCAUGAUGUAGGUAUUGAUUUUCAAGUUAGAAACCCAGGUUGGUGGCACAUUCCUGUAAUUACAGCCCUCAGGAGGCUGAGGCAGGAGGAUCUUUAGUUAGUUUAUGGCCAGCCUGGGUUGCACAGAAAAAUUCUGUCUCAAAAAAAAAAAAGUUUAUAGUUUUUUUUUUUUUUUAAGGUUUUGUGACUUGGGACAGAUAUCACAGUCUGUGGUUUUGCACCUCUGUCUCAGGUGCCCUUGCUAUGGUGUAUAUUUACUGUAUGUAUUUAAGACUGAUGUUUACUGAACAUAAAACAAUAGUGGCAACUCUCCCAGUGGCUUUGUUCUUGUCUAAUUUCUCAGUGCAUUCUCAGGGUGCGGUGUGAACUGAACAGUGUUCUGGCAUUGGAUAUAAUUUCAUCAGUCCAUUUUCUGAUGGUUAAGGGAAAUCUUCCCAACUGUAUAGGUGCUUCCUAUAUAGAAAACAGGUUUGUUGGCUCUAAAAAUGGUUGUAGAAAAAAAGAUCUUAAUAAAAUCUGGCUUAAUGUAACUAUAGUUGAGUCUUCGUGUAAGGAUUCAGAUAUCAUAGCCUAUAAGUGAAAAAGAAAACCUACUGUGGAAUGAAUGUGGCAUUUGACAGUCUUAUUGAAUUACAUUUUUAUGAGUAGAUGUAUUCUUUUAUCUGAAAAGUGAUGCUAAUCUUACCAAGAAAUGGAACAUCAAGAUAUAGGUAUUUUCUGCCACCUUGAUUCAACACCCAGUCUCAUUUAAUCUCAGAAGCUGAACAAGGCUAAGCAUGGUUGGUGCUUGGGUGGGAAAUUUGGGUAUUAUGAAAUAUGAAAGUGCUGUUUAAGACCAAGGUCAAUUUAUUUUAGUGUGUUGCUGGCUUUGGACUUUCUGAUAAUAUAAAUAUCCUUCUUCUUUUUCCGUGUGAAAACAGUUUUCAGGAAAGUCAUUUUUGGCUGAUUCUCUAGCACUCUGAAAAGCCCUAAUAGAGAAAUAUUGUCUAAGCUUUCCGAAUUGUGUAUCUCCUUACAUAGUUCACAGAAUACUUGCUAUAGUUAGGAUAACAGUAACAAGGCCUUGGGGUGUAAUCGCUUAAACCAAGUUUCCUAUACAGUACAGCACUGAUACUAAUUUAUUUCCUGAAAAUAGAAAUAUAUUGCCUAAACAGAUUAGAAUGUUAAUUAAAUCAUGGUUUGGGUUUUUUACAGACUUGAGCUACUUUUGGUUGAGCUUUUAUGUUGCCACUAUUGUUAAUUUGUUCCUUCCUUGCUGUCUUAGAGCUGGGUCCUUCCUAUAUGACUAUAGAUAAUAGCUAUUAGUGUACAGUGCCAUUUUCUGUAUGGGUUUAUUUUAAAGGCUUUGCCUUAGAGAAGAAGUAUAUGGAAUGUUUUGUUUUAUUCUUAAAAUGUAUAAAACAUUUUUGUUUAUUGGCUGAUAGGAGUAUAAAUGUAACUUAGGAAAUGGCAUGUAUUUACAAAGCUGUGCCUAUGGAAAACAUGCACAUUAGUUUCAGUGUCUGUGUUCCAGUGAUCCAAGAACAAAAUGAAACUAAAGUGAUGUGACAGCUAUUCAUUAUCACAGAAGCCAUGCCAUGACUGUCAUCCACUUAUGAAGAGGACAUUUUUGUUUGAAUGCUGUAGCAUAUACAAGCCAUGUCAUCUUAAAGUGAAGUUACUAACAUUUGAGCUCUUACCUUGAAGGCCUAAAUUCCAGUUAUGUGUACAGGUUCCCAAAGUGUAUAACUUGAAGAAACUAUUUGAUUUUGUCCAAA